AUGGACGACAACACUCGCUAUAAGAUCUUAUAUUACCACGAAGGAACUCGAAAUGUACUUGCUCUGGGAGAGUCGCCAGGCUUCCAACUGGCUUCCUUCCACCCGCUAAAAAUUUAUUCAAAAUAUGACAUUGUGCCAGAACCAGUAACUGAAAACCCAAGCGAGCUUAGAAUGCGAAAGUAUAACUUCAUAAGUGCAGCAAUAGAUGAUUGGCUCAUGCCAUCAGAUAGAUAUCCCAUAGAGGGUGACGUAGAUACAAAGAGAAUGGCCUAUGAUAAGAUUUACGAAGUCGGCUGUAAUUAUGAAGAGUGUCCCAAAGGGGAUGAGACACAAGCCUCGCUUAUUUGCAUCUACAACACAAAUGCAUUCGAGCAUGACUGUGAACAUCAAAUUAUUCGAUACAAAGAGCAGUGGACUUCCACAAAAGAACCACGACAACACAUCACAAAAGAAGUUGCAAAGGAAAUGAAAUAA